AUGGGCGACGGAUUGUUGGAAGCAUGCCAUCCCAAUGGGCACCAAGAUUUCAAUUACCGGCUGGAUGAUCCAUUUCACAGCAUCGCCAAUGGCUUCCCUUGUGGCUUCGAUGGCUUCUGCCCUCAACAUCUCUCUCCACCAUUGGAUGACACAGAGAACAUGGUGCCCAUUGAAGACAUCCAAAGCCUGGGGUUGCCUUGCUACAUCGCAGAGAGCACGAAUGGCGAUCAUGUGGAGCCAGAAGAUGUUAGCAUGGUUUCGAUGACUCCCUCUCUCGAGACUCCCAUCGACUUCAGCUACCCCGAUGAGCUGUCCAGUGUGGUCAACAACAAGCCGCCCCAGAUGGAGGUCGAGAAGAACAAGAAGGCCAUGCCUGCGAGAAGAAGUGGGGGUAAAGGACAGAAGAAGACCAGCGUGGUCAAAGGCCAAUGGACUGCUGAAGAAGACAGAUUGCUGAUAAGUCUGGUGGAGCAGCAUGGAUUGAGGAAGUGGUCUCACAUUGCUCAGAUGCUGCAUGGAAGAAUAGGAAAGCAAUGCAGAGAAAGAUGGCACAACCAUCUGAGGCCAAACAUCAAGAAAGAUACAUGGAGUGACGAGGAAGACAAGAUUCUGAUUCAAGCUCACACCGAAGUAGGCAACAAAUGGGCUGAGAUCGCCAAGAGGCUCCCUGGGAGGACGGAGAACUCCAUCAAGAACCACUGGAACGCAACCAAGCGAAGGCAGUUCGCCCGGCGGCGGUGCCGCAACAGGAAGAACCCCAAGUCCGGCAUGCUCCUGCAGAACUACAUCAAAAGCUUGGCCCUGAGCUCCGCGCCGUCCACAAGGAGGCGCAAAGCCAGCAGCGGAAACUCGAAGGCGGCGACGGCGGGCGCGGUGGAGGAGUUGAGCGCUGCCGCAGAUGCCUCCCCGAACAGCGACGAUAACUUGGUCCCUGCAUGCGACUUCAGCGACGUCAUGGCCAGCCUGCUGUUCGACGAGGAGGAGGAGGAGGAGAAGGCCGUCCCGUGUGAGAGUUAUGACUUCGGUUAUUUCUUGGACCAGCUCGGUUGCGGUGCAGACGUUGACAAGAGCUUGCAGACGGAGGUGGAGGUGGAGGUGGCGAUGGAGUGGGAAGACAUGGCAGCCAUGCCGCUGUGCUGCGAGGACAUGAAACCGGAGAUGGACCUGCUCGAGAUGCUCUCUCAAAGUAGCAUGCAGUAG